AUGGACGUCCCAAGCGAAGAUUACGAUGUAAGCAUUAUGAUAAAGGCGAUUCACGAGGUCCAAGAUGUUUUGACCUCUCGGCAGUUUGCCACUUUUUCUGAAGUAGACACGGAGAUUGGCAAGACCCUAAAACGAUACGAGGCGUUCGGUGACGGUUUCGAAAGAUUUCACGUCAACUUGACCAAAGAUGCGCUGCAGUCCAACGAUUUGCAGAAGAGCCUUAAGGAUAUGGAUAAGCGGUGUCAGGAUCGUCUGAGAGACUGCGCGUCUAGCCAGAAGGAUCAGAUUAAUGACAUUUUGCCUUUUAUCCGUAAUACAUCCUCCAUUCUCGUUCAUGGGUCGGGUAAUUUACUGGCGCUAACGAUUGCCUGUUCCAUCCAGGAGCAUGAGGGGGUUCGUUUUUACAUUUGCGAAGGGCGGCCCGCGCGCAAGGGAUAUCCCCAUGGCUCGGGCGAGCAGCUCCUAGAAAAGGUGCUUGCAACACCGGAAGGUGUGCGGCUAAAGGACAAGCUGCAUAAGUAUUGUACGAUCGUGCCCGAUAGCGGGGUUAGCUCGGUAAUGAACAAUGUGGACUUUGUCAUUAUGGGUGCGUACUGUGUGACAGAGCACGGUGGACUCGUUCACUCUACGGGCUCCCUUCAGAUUGCCAUAGUGGCCGCCUUCCGUAAUGUUCCUUGCUACGUGGUGUGUGAGACGUUCAAGUUUGCGCACAUUUUUCCUCUCAGCACCGACGAUCUGAAACAGCCGGAGGAUGGUGCAGGCGAAGUGGUUCCUUUGGUGGAGUUUGUGCCGCCGUCCAUGAUCACGCUAAUCUUUUCCGAGCAGGGUAUCAUGCCGCCUUCUGCGGUCGCUGAUGAGAUGUUUCGCUUUCACACAGCGCCUUCGGCUCCAGGAAGGCGGCGAUAA